CAAUCUGUUACUCCAAUCCUAUUCUAUGACUAAAAUAUUUAUCAAACUAAAAAUAAUAGUUUUAAAGAAUUUUUUAAGUUAGUCAUUUUGUAUAUUAAUUUUCAUUUCAUUUAUUCAUUUACGUAUUGGUUUAUCAACUUUCGACAGCAUUUAUGAAAGAUUUAUUUCUUUCCUUUUUUUCUACAUUUAACUUGUCUAAAUAUUUGAAAUAAUAUUGGCUAAAUUAAAACGAAACAAAGACCAUCUUCUGACACUAGGACUACUUAUACAUGCUUCAUACUCGCCGAUUGGUGCAAGAAUAUCAAAUUAGCCUAACUUAUAUAUCAAAUUGGUACACCUGCUUGAAGAAAAGAGAAUUUUUCAGCAUUACCGACAUGUGUUAUUUCUUAGUAUUUGUUGUUUUUAUUCAUAUAAAUCACGCAACAGUUGUGAUCGUGUUGAAAUUUUUGAUAAACCAGGAGAAUCCAACAGGAACAUGCAGAUUAUUUGUCCUAUGCAUUCAUGAUUCACUCGAAAAAUUUCAGACUGAACAGAAUACAGUUCAUUUGAACUUUACUUCAUUCUAGAUCAACAAAACGCUUUCACUUAAUUUUUCGUGCAUUUCGGCGUUGAGCUACUUCAGAAAGAAUACAAAGUAUAUGUCGCCUAACGUUAUCGUGAAAUCUAUGUUCUAUACUCCCCCAUUCUCCCCUUUUUCAAAAGUACAAAAUCCUUCUGUGAACUCAUUAUUUAGAUUGUAAAAUUAAGUGGGGGAUAUCACUUAUACCUUUUACUUCUUGAAGUUUUUUUCUGUAUGAAAAGGGGGCGGAUACCGCCCUUCGAAAAUGGAAAUCUUAACCGCGUGUUUCAGUUUGACUAGAAUAGUCUACAAUAGCUACAGUGCUGCUUUUAUUUAAUUUUUUAAUUCGUUCUAAGUUUCUGUAAAUAAUAGACGUAUUUGAAAUUUGUUAUCGAUUGUAUAGUAAACAUUGAGAGAUAGGCGAACGUAAUAAUCCCGAAACAGAUGAAAGACUAUAUACCGAACAUAGAUGUUUGCAUUAAAACACAAGAUUACUUUAUAAGAAAAGGCUCUAAAUCCCCAGCACCGGAAUUAAAUCAUGGAACAGUUUUCAUAAACUAACUUGAAGAUGGAGGUUUCAAUUUCAAGAAACCCGAUACGCGUAUAACAUUUAUCCAACCAUUUAAUAUCAACGUUUCUGCUGAUCAUUUCACAGAGCAAGGAGUCCUGUACAAUAUAUCUAGUUCUAGAAGAAUAGUGAUUUUGUACGAUUGUCUUAGUAAUGAAGCUAUAUUGUUUCAUUAAUUUCUUUUCUCUCUGAUGCGUAAUUGACCUUAAAAUUUGUCAUAAGUUUUAUCACAAAAUAUGAAUAUAAGGAAUAUAUAGAUUGUUUAAAUAACGGAGCGCAGCUGGUAACUGUAGAUCGUGUGGUCGAGUCCUGCAGGUUUGAUAAGGUAACUCCGCCCUCAUUUGACUAUUGUGGGUUCAAGGUAGAAAAGCUGUUAAUAAUUUUCACUUGAUAGAGUUUGAUUUAAGGAGGAAUAACACCUUGUCAUAAUGGCUGACUUCAUUUGGAAGCAUGAAUGAAAAUAUAAAUAUCAGCAACACUUGUAAAUCCCUAGUUGGAUAGUUCAGAAGGUUAACGUGUCUACUACCGAUCUGUAGUUCCUGGGCUCGAGUCUAGCAGGGAUUUUAAUUUCUGUCAGAUUUACUUUCUUCUACGCUACAUUUCUUAACUAAAUAAGGUAAAUUCAUAUAAUAAUAUUAUAGGAACAUAUCCUCCACUUUCCAUCAAUAUCCGUUUUUUUAUGGUGUGUCAUUCCUCCAUAAUCAAAAACCAAACUACGAAAAUGUAUAUGAUCUCAGACAUAUAUAAACAGAAGUCAAUGUCAACAUUAAAAAAAUUCGCACAUUUGCGUUAACAGAAAAAUAAAAACACAUAAAAAGGCCCACCUCUAUAAAUGUAUAUACAUGUAAUUAAUUGUAGAUAUCAGGGAAAAGUUUAUUACAUUGUAAUAGGCUUACAGUAUUCUACUAAACUGCAUUUCUUAACUAAAUAAGUUAAAUUUAUAUAAUAAUAUUAUUGUACAUAUUCUCCACAUAUUGUAGAUAUACAAUAUUACAUCACCAUGAGGGUUAUUGUCCUUGAAAACAUUUUUUUUUUUAAUUUAGAUAAGUCAGAUAAUUGAUUAUUUAUAGAAAAAAAAAAUUUUCAGUAUCAAAUUGUUUACCAGAUUUUUCAUUGUAUCCAGGAAAUAAAAUCCCUAUAAAAGACGUGUUUCUAUCAUGCAUAAAGUUUGAUUAAAUAGAGAUUUUGCAAAAAUCUUGACGUCCUAUGAGAGUGGAAUUACUUUAUUUUUUAGUUUUUAAUUAUUUCACGUUGAAACUACAAUUCUGUGCUAUACCAUAGGUGUUACAUAUGUCCUACUUUAUGUAUCACUCCGCAGUGGAGGAUCUAGAGGGGAGGGUGAUAGGGUUGCAAACCGCACCUCAUUUGGUUGAACAUUUUAACAAGAAGAGUAAUGUUUUGUCAUUUUGGGCUAUUCAAUCCCCUUCUGGGCGGAAAAGAGGAGGAAAAGGUACAUGCUUGGGUCGUAAUCCCACCCCAUUUUGAAAGUUUUCUGGAUCCACUCCCGCUUCGCGUCCUUGUUAGAAAUUGAAAGGGGCAAAUACAGUAUUGAAUGUGUGCAUUUUGCUCAGAGGAUGUUUUUAAAAACGUAAAACAACUUGUUCAUUUCCUUGUGAAUUUUUAUUGUGACCUCCGAUUUUACCUUUAUGAGCCAGUAUAAAAAAAAAAAUUAAUAAGAAAAGUUACUAUUUUAAUAAUCAACUACGUUAUUCAAUGUUCAUUUGCCUAAGAUUGUGUCGUUGGUGUAUUUUAGAUUUGAUAGUAAUAUAAAACUGUAUAUAAUAUAGAUUUUCCAUAUACUGCGUUUCAUGUGCAGGGUGCUUAUGUUUUUACUUAUUGUAAAAUAUAUUGUGUUUAAUGUAAUAUGAUACAUGCCACUUUAAUUAAUCAUUGCUUACUUACUGUAACAAAGUACGGCCAUGUUACAUGUAUUUAAGGAAUAAAUGUCUUAACUAUUUUAUUAUGAUGGUAUGAAAACAAUGGAAGCAAAAGGUUUUCAUAUCUCCUUAAUCAACAUAACUAAUCAGAAAAGGUUGGGGUUUUUUUCUAUAUAAUUACAUGUAUCCGUUUGUCAAAUUUGUAUCGGUGCUGAAUUAUGUUUUGUGGGUUUCUUAAGCUGAGGCAUAUAGAUGAACUACAAAAUUAAAUACACAAAAAUAACAACUAAUGGAUAAAGUAAACAAAUGGCAAAUUAAAUAGCUAAUAUAUUCCAGUAUUCAGUCGUGAUAAGGGGGGUGGGAGUGGGGGGGGGGUGUGAAAACGGAGGGUACGGAAGAGUAUGAGUAAGUGGAUGUGACGAAAAGAUAAUAAUGAAUUCUUUGCUGAAGUUCACGACUGCAUUCCUGACUCGUUAUAUUUAAUCAAUUUAAUUAAAUUACAUAUGUUCAAACCAUACGAUGAAAAGAAAUAUAAUGUUGUCUUAAAUUUGUUUACAAAUUGCAAUGCAUGUAUGCAUAUAGAUAGAUAUAGUACUUCUAUUUUAACGACUGGGACAGCUCCGGUAGAAAUGAAAGUAGAAUACAAAUAUAAAAAAUAAAUUUAAUAAUUUUUGGAAAUUACUCGAGGAUAUGAACUGUAAGGCUUCACGUCGGUACGACUUUCAGGACGCGUUUCAUGAAGUACGCCGGCGUGAAGCGUCGCAUUUCAUACCUUCGUGUAUUUUCAAAAAUGAAAUAUAUUUCUUAAAAGUGCAAUUAUUCAAAGUCAUGAUAAACGAGAUGAUUAAACGAGCUUGGAAUAGAGAUCGAGAAGACUUGUCGAAAUAGAAAAGAACGAGCAAAAGCGAGGAAGCAACUGGAGUCGGAAACUCGAGGCUCUAAAAAAUCCAUUUAUGUUGAAAGAAACAAAUUACUUCUCAUAUUUUGACAUGAUCACGCUUGUGUGAAACUUUUCUGGAGCGAGUUUGUAAAAUGAUCCGGUAAAAUUGACGGAGAUUAUGAUAUUAAAAGAACUGUGUUACUUGGCAAUUUUGGAAAUUUUCUUUAAAAAGAGUCAAAUAUCGUGAUCAAGCUGAAGAAAUGAGCCCAAGACCCAAAAUCAGGCAUGUCUACAUAUCAAACGAACAAAGAAACUAUAUUGUGUUGAUGUUUUAUUUCUCAUUGUUUUAAUGUGUGGUGCUUAGGGCCGUAGCAGUGAGCGCUGUGUAAAUGUAUUCAAGAGUCGGUCCAAAUUGAAUCACAAACGAACCUUGUAUAACAUUUUCAAACUGUUGAAAAAUAUGUUGUAGAUAUGAUGAUACGUGUAUUGGCUUUUUAUUGAUUUUUGUAUUAUCAUUAUUAAUAUUAUUAUUAACGAAACUUUGAAACCAUAAUUAUGUUGCUUAAUCUAAGUUUAAGUUGUUCUUGUUGAAAAUCUGUUUUAAUGCAUUGUAGAUCUAUAUGUAAUGUGUAUGCAGGUUUUGUAAAAAAAAAAAAAAAAAUAAAUAAAAAAAAAAAUAAAAAAAAAAUUAAAAGGAAAAAAAAAUUGCAUUCAUUCAUAUAUACUUUAAAGAAUAGCAAUGAUUAAGAUACAUAACUUUUUUUUCUUUUCAAAUUGGACGAAUUAAUGUAUGCUCAAAAACACAUCAAACUUGAGAGUUGAAUUGUCACAAAUUCUACUGAACACUAGUACCCCAAACGUCGCGAGCCACAAUGUAGAAAGUUUCUUUUACGCCCCAUAACACAACGUCACAAUCGCUGCGGACGUCGUCGUUUACACAGAAUAUGAUGACGUUUGUCCAUUGUCUUCAUGUUAUGGAAGUUUUAUAUAGCAACAAGUAGCAAAUGUUUACGAUAUGAGCUUCGAACCUGCACCUAAAAAACGAAAAAUGGAACCACACAUUGGAGGUGAUAAUGGAAAUGUCAAUAAUGAAGCCUCGAAAUCUUUUCAGAAAUCUGCAUCUCAGUCCGCGAGUGGAGAUUUUGGUGUGGACGAUCUUCAUCAAUAUGUUAUGGCAUUACCAGGGGAAGAUGGGGUCUCUAACCCAACCAGUUAUAAGAUUAUUCGUCAAGGAUGUGCACUUGGAGACGAAUGGGUUCAGUCCUACCCUCCGCCAUUAAGUUCAUACCCUUCACGAAUCGUGAAAACCGGAAACAUGUUCUAUGACAGUUUUGUUAACAACAUGUCCAAAUUAACCGGACUACGACCACUGAAAACACUAGCUAGAGGAAGAUCAGGAAUCAUCAUAUUAGCACAAAAUCUACACAGGAUGAACCAUUACAAACAGAAUGAGUAUACCCCAGUGGUCGUGAAACUCAAUUCCUCCAAGCCUCGGCGGAAAGCCAAAGCUACUGUCAAAACUGACAUGGAGGAAGAGAUGAAGAUUCUGAAAGAGCUGGAACAUAGUAACAUUGUCUCUUGGAUUUGUAAUAUCAGCUAUAAUGGCCGUGUUGGUGUUGUGAUGGAAUUCUGCGAGAACGGAAAUUUGGAUCAGUUACUGAAACUUCACGAUGCACAUUUUCUUACAGAACCUGUCUGUAGAAGAUACUUCAGAAAUAUUUUUGAUGGGUUGGAAUAUAUUCAUCUACAAAACAUAGCUCACAGAGAUAUCUGCACUCAGAACAUUCUCAUAACUUCUAAAAACAAUUUAAAGCUGGGUGACUUUGGACAUGCUGUUCAUUUCUUUACGGGGGAUCCGUUGCUUCAGGAAGAGUGUGGAACCUUGGGGUUUCAAGCCCCGGAAAUCGUCAACAAGGAAGCUUACAAUCCCAAAAACGCCGAUAUAUGGUCCUUGGGUUGCACCCUCUACCUCAUGUCCACCGGUCGUCUUCCCUUAGGGGUGAUCCCUAAUGAAAUCAAGGAACGUGCAUCUAAAGAAAUCCAGUUUCCGGAUAAACGAGUUCUGAACAUUUCGCAACCACUUAGAGAAAUAACACGAGGCGCUCUUGCCUUCCACCCGGACCUGCGAUUCACAUUGAAUCGUAUGAAACAUGGCGAAUGGAUGAAGGAUUCUAGCUGUAAUGUUCAGAUAGGAAACUUUCACAUGAUCCGGCAGCCCCGAAAGAUUCGGGAGGGGGAAGUUGAGCAAGCGCUAAAGAAGCGAUAUGAAAUCUAAAUUCAACCAGUUUGCCUUAAAAAUCAUCAAUCAUGUAUCACCAUUUUGAAACAAUUUCAAUCAGUGCCAAACAUUGUGGAAUCCGUUUCUUUUUAUAAUCUUCGUAUGCAUGUAUAUUUUAAUGGAAAUCAGGUCAUUCAAAACCAAAAUUUGUUUCUCGUGUCUGACUUCAUUUUAUAUUGAUAAAGAUUACUAAUAAAUUUCUUUUUAAUAAUAAC